AUGGCUCGUUGGAACGUUAAAUGGGAAAACUGGACUUAUUCCGGCGAAUUAUGUAGAAUCGCUUCCCUGAUUAUAUCCAGGCAGCUGUCUAGGACUGUGAUUUCCGAGCUUGGACAUGCGUGUAACCCGAAAAUCCACGUAGAGCCGAUAACAACAGCCAGUGUGAUAGUUCCGGCAUGUCGUCGUGUAGAGCAUUGCACUGUUUUGCUUUACAUUUGUAAUUUACAGCAUUGUUUCGCUCCUAAAUAUUGUUUUUUGGAAAGUUUUGGCCCCUUGCCUUUUUGA